UUCUUCCAGAAACCAAAGCUGAAGGCAUCCAAUUCUACAUUUAUCAGGAUCAAAAGAAGAGAGUAUAUAGUGGAGUAGAGCUACUAGUCGUUCCAUCUUUUCCUUUUCUUUGGUUCCUUUGGGUUGGUCAGAUGGAAUUUUUGCUUGAAAGAAAAGAGAGUUUCUACAUCACUGACAAGGAAGAAGAGAGCUCCAAACAGCCUCCCUUCAAUCCCCCCUCUUCUUCUCCUUCACUGGCAUCUACUGCUUUCAAGUGGCACGAUAGCUCGUCCGGUGGCGGCGGUGAUUUCUCUUUCAUGGAGAAGGAGCACAUGUUUGACAAGGUAGUGACUCCCAGCGACGUCGGGAAGCUGAACCGGUUGGUGAUCCCGAAGCAGCACGCCGAGAAGUACUUCCCGCUGGACUUGUCAGCCAGCGAGAAGGGGCUUCUGCUGAGCUUCGAGGAUCGGACGGGGAAGCACUGGCGAUUCCGCUACUCCUACUGGAACAGCAGCCAGAGCUACGUCAUGACCAAAGGGUGGAGCCGCUUCGUCAAGGAGAAGACCCUCGGCGCCGGGGACACCGUCUCCUUCGGCCGCGGCGUCGGCGAUGCUGCACGCCACCGCCUCUACAUCGACUGGAAGCGUCGACCGGAGAGGCGUGGCCUAGCCCGGAUCCCUUUCCCUGGGUUUUGCUUCGACCGGUCAACCGGGCCGUGGAGCGCCAGGCUCGUCGUCCCACCGGCGGUGGCGUGCGACCACACCUGGCAGGGGCGCACGUACAGCGCUGCCAACUCAGGUAUCGGAGCCGGACAACUUCUACUUCCGCUGUACUUCACUUUGCCGGCCCCGAAGCCACCACAGAUGGCGGUGCAACAGGUGACCAGCAGCCGAGUGCCCCUUGUUCACGACCACGCCGCCGUUAAGCGAGUUAGGCUGUUCGGAGUGAACCUAGACUGCCCUGAUCGAGGAGACGACGCCAAUUACCACCGCAGCGUGCGGCAGUUGCAUCCGACGACUGCUCUUCCGUUCCUCCAGCCGCUGCGCGCGGAAAGCCAGACACUGCUAGCCUCAUCGUCUUCCCAAAUGAGCAAUCAGCAGCGUUCGCCACUGGAUCUUUGUUUAUGAGGAAGAGAGGACGACCUCGUUUCCGUUAUCCUUCUGAGCAACUAUAUUACGUUUGUGUGUACUCAUUUAUCUUCUUCUCUUACGAUUGUAAGUAAUUUACAUGGAUAUAGAGAUCUCCCUCUUAAGUCCUACGAGUCAUUACCUCCUCGUUGAAUCAACAUUUGUUUGGCUAUCUGCUGAUUUCCUUUU